AUGGUCGGCGUCGCGCGCGGUGACGUCAAGCCAGAGCUCGACGAUGAUAACCCGGUGGUGACGACAAUGCCGGUGUACUUUAAUCGCGUUCUCCCGCAAUCGCGCGAAGGCUUGGCGCUGGUGCAGUACCCGCUGCGACCGGCGGAGCGGCCGUAUGACGUGGAGGGGUUGGAACAGGUGAAGUUCAAGCGAGAGGCGAUGCGAUUGGAGAUGACGCUGCCCAUCGAGGCGAACGAGAGGAAUCGAGACAACUCGGCGGCGGACAGUCAGAAAAUCACAUCGCUCGUCUUGACGAGUGCGAGCGCGAAGACAGAGGCGCAUCACGGUGGGGUCGUGGUCGGUACCGUGCGAGAUGGGGGGCUAUAUCUCACGCCGAUCGACGCAGUGUAUCAGAUGCGACCAAGCUUGCGUCACUUGGACGCGGCGGAUAGCGCGCUCAAACCUCGAGAUUACGAUAGGGAGGAACGAGAAAUGCAGGAAGAGGAGGAGAGAAAUUUGCUUCCGCUUCAGGUGCAAGUGCGACGGAGAGAGACCACGAAACAGACUGAGAUUCGAAUGAGUUCGCACGCGUAUCUGCGUCAGAGAGAGUCUGAGGAGUCUUGGAUUUCGCUGAAGCCGUCCAUGCCUGGCGACGACGAAGCGGGCGCACUUCGAGCGGCCGUUACGACAACACGCGCGGAAUCGUGCGGCCAGACGAUUUCAGCGCGAGAAUACCUCGACGCAUUGUGCCCCGUGAGCGGAAGCAAGCGCGUCGCCCCCGAGGACGAAGACGCGAACACGCUCGGCGAUGGAAGCGGUCUGAGUAAAUCUCAGCUCGCGUCUUUACCUAUCGAGCGACGCAUCCGGACGCUCUUCGCAAAGGGUCAAAAGUCGGUUAUGAAGUUUAGCAGAAUUCGUCAAUUCGUGACGGAGAACAUAGAGGUCGAUAGGCUAAUCGAAGUGAUUCAGGACUGCGCCCACUUGGUACAGGGUAACUGGGUGGCAAAGUCGACGCUUCGCUGCGGCGGCAACGUGACGUGGGAAAACAUGCGCGAUUCGGCGCUCUUCCAGUUCGCUCGCGCUCGAAACGUCAAACCAGAGCUAGUAUCCAACUGCCUAAAGCGUAACGGGACCAAACCGGAUCCUACGCUCGCAAAGAUGCGACGGGAAGUUCUCGCAGAGUUCUCGUCUCCUCGAGGUUACGGCAGCGCAGCGGAUGGAUUCGAGUUCAAUGAGUCUACCGACGAAGGUUUCCUUGCGGAUUUUCCGGAUGUCGCACAGAGAGAGAUGGAGUCUUGGCUCGCCUUGGCACCGUCUCUUGACGUCACGCUCCUGUCAAACGAGCUCACGAUUCCGAGCGUUCCGCCGCAUGUUUCGCAGGUUCGUCUCACGUCCGUUCGAUCGCUCGUGUACUCCAGAUUCGAGAAGAAGACUCAUCUUUCUCUGGUGGAUAUUCGAGCCUUCCUUUUGACGCAGGCACCCGACAUAGCGGCGUGCGCGUACUUCAGGCAGGCCGAGUUACUCGGCAUGUUCGACGGCGCCCUGGCGUGCAUCGAGGGCGUGUGCGUCCUCGUGUCCGUGGACGAUCCCGCGAUCGAUACUCUUCGACGAAAAAUAUUAGGCUUACUCUACAAGCAAGGCGGUGCCGUGAAACGCGCCGAGAUCAUGGAAGUCGCGGGUCCGACGAGUCAGCACACGUACACAAAGGUGCUCUCCGACCUGUGCACGUCCAAGGGAAACCUGUGGACCAUCAAGGCUGCGGAGGAAUUGCAAUUUUAG